UUGCAAAAGUUUUGAGAAAACAAUCGGUAUAUAUGAGUGUGCAAAGCUAAGCUAACAAGCUAGCUAGUAUUAUCACCACUUUCUUCAGUUGACUCAACAAUUUGUUUAGAGUGGAUAGUUCAUCUGGGGAGUCAUGGACUCAAACCCUAGCUGGAUGAACUGCGGUCAGUUUGGAGAGAAUCAGCUGGAUCAGAACUCGAUGGGUUUCGAUGAGUUAUCGGAAUAUCUCAUGCUCGAUUACAGGGUCGAUGAUUAUCAGGAUUCGUCGUCGCUGAUGAGCAUGAUAUCGCCGGAAACAUGUCAUGGUACUGCUGCUGGUUGUGGUUCAAGUAGUGCAACAUCAAGAAAUUCCACCACUAAUAUAAAUGCGGCAGCGAUGAAGAACAGCAUGAGAGAAGGGGGUCAUGCCCAUAGGGGCCAUAGGGUUGCAUUUAGAACAAAAUCGGAGCUGGAGAUCAUGGAUGAUGGUUUCAAGUGGAGGAAGUACGGCAAGAAGUACGUGAAGAACAGCCCAAAUCCCAGAAAUUACUACAAGUGCUCAAGUGUGGGCUGCGAUGUAAAGAAGAGAGUAGAGAGGGAGAAAGAAGACUCGAGCUAUGUGAUUACAACAUACGAGGGAAUGCACAAUCAUGAUACCCCUAAUUGUGUGCAGCUGCAUUUCAAUCCUGCUUCACUAGUAGUGGAUGUGGAUCCCAACAACAUUUGGACUACUACUUUACGAGCUUCUUCGCAAUCUUCUGCUUCUACAUAGAUCCAUCUAUUAUUUACUAUAGCUCAAAUAAUCAUAUAUAAGCAGCCAAGAAUUCAGAGUCAUAUAUAUGGCAUUUCUUUUCAUAUGCCACCACCUGAUGAUAUAUUUUUGUGUGUUCUGCGUCACGCUUAAAGACGUUAGGCUAUUACUCAAACCAAGCAGAGAUAUGUGUAAAA